UCUAUCAAAGAACAUUGAGAAGAAAAAAGGAAAUAGGGAUUUUGGUUUUGUGGCAACUAAAGCAGAAAUAACAAAUCCAUCACAGAAGAGAGAGAGAGAGAGAGAGAGAGAGAGAGAGGAGAUGGAAGUAGAAGGAUCAUCAAAGAAGAUGAUUGCCACACAAGAAGAGAUGGUACAAGCUAAGGUUCCAUUAGCUUACAGAGAUCAAUGUGCACAUCUUUUAAUCCCACUCAACAAAUGUAGACAAUCUGACUUUUAUCUUCCAUGGAAAUGUGAAGAUGAACGUCAUGUCUAUGAGAAGUGUGAGUAUGAACUUGUCAUGGAGAGAUUAUUGAAGAUGCAAAAGAUUCGUGAACAAGAAGACAAGAUUAAGCAGCAGAAAAAACAAGGAAUCCCUCUCAUUCCUAAUACUGCAAAUGUUUGAUCGGAUCAGGAAACCUGCGAUAUUACUGCUGCUGAAAUUGGAGAGAUCCUCAUGUGUUUGUUUGUAACCAAAAGGUUUGAAGCUGUUAGUAUUCGUACAAUGACAAUGUUCUUCUGUUUAUCAUUUGACUUCAGACUAUUUAGUUUCAUCAGUUGGAAUAAGUAAACUCAUUAGCCAGGAAUAUCAUGUUCUGGAAUCAGUUUUCUUAAAUAACAAGCUUCUAUUAAGAAUCAUGUGGUGUUUAAAAUUUGUUGUCCCAACAAUGUCUUUUGCCUCUUUGAUUGAUUUGGUUAGCUGAACCGGACUUCAGAGCCUUACCUGGAACCUUGUGAUGCUGUUUCAGUUACCAAUUGUGAAUGUCUUGUCUUUUUUUCU